AUGAGGGAGGUGACUUUAACCGGCCCUUACCCGUUCCCUCCACCAAUUGCCACACCCUACUCCCUGCCGGUCCCUCCUCCCACCCUUCAUUUCUCCCUCUCUCUGCGCAGGAAACAGAAAUCCCAGGGUGUGGCAGAUGUCUCCCGUGCCAUGGAUCAUCCCUUUUCAACAGCAUCGAAGGACGGGGAAGGAGCGUGCUACACAUCUCUGAUUUCCGACAUCUGUUACCCACCUCAGGAGGAUUCCACAUAUUUCACUGGAAUUCUUCAGAAAGAAAAUGGCCACAUCACCACAUCAGAGAGCCCUGAGGAGCUGAGUACCUCUGGGCCCUCCUUACCAGACGUGCCUGGGACGGAACCUCGCGGCUUAUUUAGUUCUGAUUCUGGAAUAGAGAUGACUCCUGCAGAGUCCACCGAAGUGAACAAGAUCUUAGCAGACCCCCUGGACCAGAUGAAAGCAGAAGCUUACAAGUACAUUGACAUAACCAGGCCCGAGGAGGUGAGCUCUCAGGAGCAACAUCACCCCAAGUUGGAAGAAAAAGACUUUGACUUUAAGAAUAAGGACACUGAAAUCUCAAUAAAAUCUGAAAAGGCCCGUGAACCAGAGAAAGCAGCUCCUGUGGAGGGAAAAAUCCUCAAGGACCAUUUAUUUGAAGAAUCAACAUUUGCCCCAUAUAUAGAUGAUCUCUCUGAAGAGCACCAUAGAGCCUCCCUGGUCGCUGCCCCCAUCAAAAUCACGCUGACUGAAAUUGAGCCUUCUGUGGAAACUGCUACCCAAGAGAAGACCCCCGAGAAGCAAGAUAUCUGUCUGAAACCGAGUCCUGACACAGUCCCUACUGUCACCGUCUCAGAGCCUGAAGAUGACAGCCCAGAAUCCAUCACUCCUCCGUCUUUCGGAACAGAACCAUCUGCUGCAGAAUCCCAGGGGAAAGGCAGCAUCUCCGAGGAUGAGCUGAUCACAGCCAUUAAAGAAGCGAAGGGGUUAUCCUAUGAAACAUCCGGGAGCCCGCAGCCGGCGGGCCACGUGGCCGACAGGCCCGAGGUGAAGGCCAGGUCCGGGCGGCCCGCCAUCCCCAGCCCCUUGGACCACGAGGCCAGCAGUGCAGAGUCAGGGGACUCAGAGAUGGAGCUGUACAGCAUCCUGAGGGAGGAGCGCGAGGCCGAGCUGGACAGUGAGCUCAUCAUCGAGUCCUGCGAUGCGUCCUCGGCCUCGGAGGAGAGCCCCAAGCGGGAGCAGGACUCGCCCCCGAUGAAGCCGGGCGCCCCGGCUGCCCUUAUGAAUACUUGUCUUUUCAUGAAUCCAGGUUUGAGUGAAAUUACAUCAUAG